AUGGCUGAUUCCGAGCCUUCAGUCAAUAUCCCUUCGCUCAUUACCUUCGCUGUUGUCUCGUUUUUCGUCUUCCGGUGGUUUUUCUCAUCGCGCACAUCUUCACAGAAUGACAGCAACUCACAGAGAGGAAGAACUGGGGCUCAGACAGUCGACCCGGUACAACUAGACCACCUAGCGCAAAUGUUUCCGCAGCUAACCCGAAGGGAACUUAUGUGGGAUUUACAACGGAAUGGUGGAAGUGUGGCAGCAACAACCGAGAGGAUCUUGACAGGAAGAGGAUUAGAAACACCACCUCCAACGUUCCAACCUCAAAUACCGGCCGCCUCGACACCCGUGGAAACUACAUCUUCCACACAUCAGGCGGUUAAACCAGCAAUGACAAAUCUCAUUUCACGAUACAACCUUCAAUCAAAAAUAGACAACGAGUCAGCAGAAGCUUUGGGAGCUGGAGCUGUGUCUGGUGAUUCAACUAUUCUCCGGCAAGAAAGUGCUUGGUCGCGUGAUAAAGAGGAAAGACAGAGACUGAUGCAGAAACGACGGGAUGAUAUGAUUCUUAGUGCAAGGAGGAAGAUGCUAGAAAAGGACAGGGCAGCGAAACAACAACAACAACAGUAG